ACGAUCUCUCUUUUCACGCAUCGUAAGUCACCCGACUCCUCCCCAAGAUGUCUGGAAUGGUAGUGGUCAAUCAAAUCGCCGCUGAGUCGGUCAGCGGUGGGGAUGAGACGUUGGCAGCGACCAUUGCUACAGCUCUGGGACUGCUUCACGUUCUCCAAGUCUACACCUCGUGCAUGGUUGCUAUUGCUGUUUGGGAAUGGCUGGCGUGCCUUAAGAUGGAAUGGGAACGCAUAUGGAAACGAAAGUGGACGCUGGUCAAGUUCCUGUACCUAUGGACACGGUACUAUGGUCUUGCCUGUUUUGCCGUCAAUCUGUGGCUCUUCAACGCUAACUUUACAGCUGAACAAUGCAAGCCUUUACAUUACAUCAUUGCGGCGUCGUGUAUGUGGACUCAACUGGGAUCAGAGGCCAUUCUGGCCGUGCGUACGUGGGCCUUCAUGGCUAAGUCGAAUGUGGUCGCCAUCUUCCUCAUUACCGGACUGGUCGGUGAGACAGCAUACCUGCUUUACGUCUCUAUCGCUGGCGUACACCAGACCGAGCUUGUCUUCGAUGGACCUUGUACUGCGAGUGAUGCUCCUGGGAAGCAUGUCGUGAUGGGCUUCUGGCUGGCACCUGUGGUGUUUGAUUUGAUAUGUACCGUCAUGACCAUAUACAAGGCUAUGAAGUCCUUGUCCAUGAUUCGCUCUCCUCUUUUGAUUGUUUUCAUUCGUGAGGGUUUGUUCUACUUCCUCGCUGUGAGCGCUGUCAACGUCCUGAACGCAGCUUUCAUGUUCCAAAGCAAUGCGAACAUUCAAAACAUCAACUCUUUCCUAGCUUUGGUCUUGGGACAGGUGCUAUGUUGCCGUCUGGUUCUCAAUCUCCGCGCACCUUCCCGCAAUGUAAUCACCAACUCCACCACAGGAGGGUCAUCCGUGGUUUCCCCUCGUCCCCGCCCUUCAGCAAGAGGCACAUCAUCGAUACCUCUCAGCGAUUUCUCUCGCAGCGACACGACUGCAGACGAUCACUACUACGGCUCAGUGAAGGUGCAAGUAGACGUGGAGACGGAUGCUCCGGACGGCGUCGUAAAAGGAGAUCACUUCUAAUUAUUUUUCAUGGUCUCCAUGCGAUAUAGACAUGGGAGGUGAUCUUCAUCGGUGAUUUUCGUACCUGGUGGUAUUCAUGUUGAGUUCUUGUACAUCCAUUCUUUCUGCUAUCCCUCGCUUUCUGGUCUGCACUGCCUCUCCUUUCUGGAUCAUUUUGUGGAAUAUUUCUGCUACAUCUUGCACGAGCACACCAGUCGCCCUCACGGUAUCGUGCCCACUUUCUCGCGUCUUCUAUCGCAAAAGCGUCGCCCUAUUAUGCCGCCGUCCCAUUUCAAUACAUACAUCUCUUCGUAUUAUGCCUUACGAUACCGUUGUAAUAUGUACACCAACGACGACCUGUUACGAGCGAGUCCCCAGGGC